CUUAUCGAUUCUAGGUGAAAUCGCUACCUCCGCACCCACUUUUACCCAGCUGUCUUUCUAAACUUGGAGAUUCUCUUAGCCCCGAUGAUGGCUCAUCGACAGCGCCUCAGAUACUGCACACGGUCAAAAUCACGGCUAGAAAAAGACAAGGGGCAGCGUGUGUGGAUCCCGGAGCUGGUGGAGCGCAUUGCGAGCUUCCUUCCGCAAAAUGAAAUACCGCUUACGCUACGUCUGGUCGACAAAACCACAGCAGAGCUCCUGUCGAAGCACCGGCUGGUGAAGGCGUUGGAGCCGCUGCCAGCACAUGCGCUUUGCCGGCUCCACCCCGCCGAGCUGCAACAGCUCCAGAACCGCUCUGCCAGUGAGCUCCGGCAGCUGGUGUGCGCCGCGGCUGCCACCGGCAGUCUGGAAGCAGUGGACGCGGCCCUGGAGGCGACACAGCUGAGCCCGGGAGCCUGGCUGGUCUCGGCCGCUGCCGGGGCGGAGGGCCUGCGCCCUGGCGUCGCACUGGCGCUGUGCAAGCGCCUGUGCGCGAGGGGCUGUCCCGUGGAGCAGGACCCGGACCACGUGUACAUACCGUGCUCCACACUCCGACACGCUGCAAAAGCCGGGAACGCUGACGUGUGCGAGUGGCUGCUCGCGCGCGGGCGCUGUCGUUGGUUGGCGGAGGCGGUGUAUGACGCGGCGGCCGCCGGGCAUGUGGGGCUGGUGCGGGUGCUGCUGGCGCGCUGCCCGGGCGAGCGCAAGCACAUGCUGGACGCUGGCCGCCUGCUCGUCAGUGCGGCUGGGGGCUACCCUCUACCGGCGCUGGAGGAGCUCUACAACCACUGGCUUGGAACGCGGCGGGCGCAGUUGCAGGGGCAGGGGCAGCAGGGGCAGGGGCAGGCGGCGCCACAUGAGCCGGCAGCGCCCGUGGACUUCGGUCCAGCCUUCGAUGAGGAGGCGCCCGACGGCUUUCAUUGCUUUGUCAGCAGCAGCGAUUUUGAGAGCGUGCUGGCGGCAGCUGCGGGCAGUCCCACGGCCUGCUGGCUGGGCAAGCUAGACGCGCUGCUGCAGUGGCACUGCGGCGAGGCUGGGCCUGGGCUGCUGGCGAGGAGCCCCUCCGUCCUCGACCACGUGUUCGUCGCCGCCAUGUCCAAGCCAGACGGGCUGAGCCGCGUGCGGCUGAUGUGGGAGCAGCGCGGCUGGCGGCCCCAGGACUUGAGGCCCGCGGCCGCGGCCGCAGCGGCCCGCGGCGACAUGCCUGGGCUCCGUCACCUCUACGGCGAGCUCGGUGCCCCCACCGAGACCCGGCAAAUCGAAUGGUAUGAUCCCUGCGCGCCGCUUAAAGCAGCGGCUCAGGCCGGGCAUCUGUCAGCCCUGCAGCUUCUGCUGUGCACCUACCGCCAGGGCUGCACGUCUAAGGCCUAUGACCAGCUAGUCAAGGCGGCGGCGGAGCGGGGCCACGUGGACAUUGUCCGGUGGCUGAUCGAGCAGCCGGCGCCGCUGGUGGUCGACAUGAUCCUGGCCGAGGUGCCGGGCGCCGACAGGGAAAGGGUGGAGAUGUCCGUUCGGCGGAGCGCAGCGCGCAUGGCUCUGGACACGGGCGUGUGCGGCGGGCGGCCUGAGGUGGUGCGGUGCGUGCUGCAGCUGGGGAUGGAGGGGGUGGCGCCCGGCAGCCGUGGGCACAGGAGGUCGGGCUCCAACUCCUGGACGCAGGCGGCGCUGUCGGGCAGCGCGGCCACACUGCAGGCGAUGGCGGAGGCGGGAUAUGCCGUGUAUCACUGUGACCUGUACGAGACCGCUGCGCCGCACCUGGCCGUGCUGCGCAUGCUGUGUCGCCUGCGCUGCCGCGGCCCCGGUGCGCACCUGGCCCUGGCCGCGCUGCUUGAGGACCCGGCCGUGCCGCUGAGUGAGCUGAGGUGGCUGCUGGAGGGAGAUGAUGAUGGCGCAGUGGCGGGGCCGUCGCGGGCUGCGGCACCGAGCAGGGACAGGGGCAGGCGGGCAGGCAACGGAGGAGGAGGGGCGGCAGAGGGCCCGGCGGCUGAGGCGCUGCGGUAUGAGGGCGAGUGGCAGCAGGCGGUAGAGGCGGUGGGGCGGCGGGGCCGGGGGCGUGAGUCGCGGGAGCUGCGGGUGUGGCUGCAGGCGUGGCGGCAGGCGCAGCAGGGCCGCAUGCUGCCGGGGCGCAAGCCGACAUACAUCACGCUUUGUUGAGGAGUGGUAGAUUGUGUGGGGCCGGGGCAGCCGCUGUUGAGAGCCCAAUGAAGGAUGGUGCCUGUAGUGAAGAAUGUCCCUUUAAAGUGCAUUGAGCUCACGCCAUGUUGAGCUAACGUAUCGUAUGGCAUGCAACGAGGCCGGUUGGUUUGUUGACUUUUUGGCGUGUGGAAGUGCUGGGACGGGCGCGGGUGACACGCUGCCGUUUGCCGCAUGGCAGCAGCCCUAGCGCGGGUGUGUCGAUUCUUCUGUUGGUUUCGGCCGCACCCGGCGGAUGCGGGAGGCGCCAGACUGGUGUGGGUUCGGGAGGCGACUGAUGAGCGGCCUGCCUGGCACGGGACUCGUUACACCGCUGUGGCGCUAGUUGCACGCGUCGGGUUUCGCUGCUGCUUCAAUUUCAGGGGUGCGAGACAGAGGCAGUAGUUGGCACCUGGACCGGUGGUGGACUAGAUUGACCCGUGGUGGACUAGAUUGACUCGUGGUGGACUAGAUUAACCCGUGAAUGCUGGGUCUGGAAGUCACUGCGACUGGCUUGGGUUUCGCAGUAUUGAGCAUAUCGUGCUACUUACUGUUGGUUACCGGUGCGGACAUGGACGACGAUAGCAA